CUAGAUAUCACACCAAUCACGAUCAAAACAUGAAGAUCACAUAUUAUUGUGCAAAAACAGUAGCUCCUCAAGAUGCCAGAUAAAAGCUGAGAAUUGAUGUAGCUGCCCUCAGAUUUUGCAACUUUCUUUCUUUCUUUGUUGAAGAUGGAAAACAGUUACAAUUGUUGUUGGUCUGAUGCCUCCAAUUUGGCUAACUUCAGCUUUGCACUCAACAAUGAAUCUUCCUUUGUAGCCCCAUGGCAGCAGUUGCAUGAAGUUCCUCCACAAUUCUCAACCUCUAACUCAACUCAGCUUCAUGAAUUUCCACCAUGGUCCAAUCCAAUUCCAGAAGAUCGAUCAACAACCGCUUCCAAGAGCCACAGUCAAGCCGAAAAGAGACGCCGGGACCGGAUCAAUGCGCAGCUUGCAACUCUUAGAAAGCUAAUUCCCAAAUCUGAUAAGAUGGACAAAGCGGCUCUACUGGGGAGUGUGAUAGAGCAUGUGAAAGAUCUGAAGCUAAAAGCAAUGGAAGUCAGCAAGGCAUUCACAAUACCAACAGAAGUAGAUGAAGUUACAGUUGAAUGUGAUGUUGCACAAUCUGCAAACCCUACCAACAUUAAUAAUCUCAAGAAAGGCAACAACAUAAUCAAGGCUUCUGUGUGCUGUGAUGAUCAACCGGAACUCUUCAGAGAACUCAUCAGAGUCCUCAAGGGCCUCGGCCUCUCCACCAUAAGAGCUGAUAUAGCCACUGUAGGGGGAAGAAUCAAAAGCAUAUUGGUACUUCGCAACAAAGGAAGCGAUCAACAAAGUGUUCCUUUAAACACUUUAAAACACUCACUUCACUUAGUUUUAAGCAGAUUGUCUUCAACAUCCAUGGCUUCUAGUUUUCGGAUUAGAAGCAAAAGGCAGAGGCUGUUUUCGCCUUGUCAUUUCUCUGAAUAAAUACGUUCUAUUAUAUAGUUAA